GAGUCGGGAACCCGUGCGCGUUGGAGGCGGAUUUCCUGGGCCCGGCUUUUUCUAAGGGCUACCACCAUGGCGUUUGGGAAGAGUCACCGGGAUCCCUAUGCCACCUCCGUGGGCCACCUCAUAGAAAAGGCUACAUUUGCUGGAGUCCAGACGGAAGAUUGGGGUCAGUUCAUGCAUAUCUGUGACAUAAUUAACACAACCCAGGAAGGACCAAAAGAUGCAGUGAAGGCUUUGAAGAAACGAAUCUCCAAAAACUACAAUCAUAAAGAAAUCCAACUUACCUUGUCACUUAUUGACAUGUGCAUGCAGAAUUGUGGUCCAAGUUUCCAGUCUCUGAUUGUGAAGAAGGACUUUGUUAAAGAUAGUCUAGUUAAGCUGCUGAAUCCAAGGUACAACUUGCCAUUAGACAUUCAGAAUCGAAUCUUGAAUUUCAUUAAGACAUGGUCACAAGGUUUUCCAGGAGGUGUGGAUGUGACUGAAGUGAAAGAAGUGUACCUUGAUCUGCUUAAGAAAGGAGUUCAGUUUCCUUCCUCAGAGGCAGAGGUUCAGAGUACCCGGCACGAGACUGCCCCAGUUUCAUCACAGCCAUCAACAUCUGUUCCCACUGCACCAGCUCUUUCUCCUGUGAAUGGUCCCAAGACCACGACCAUUACGUUGGUCCCAGAGCAGAUCGGAAAAUUGCACAGUGAAUUGGAUAUGGUGAAAAUGAAUGUAAGCGUGAUGUUUGAAAUACUGUUGGAGAAUACUCCAGGAUCUGAAAAUCGAGACGACAUCGAACUUUUGCAGAAACUUUAUAAGACAAGUCGAGAGAUGCAGGAGAGGAUCAUGGACCUUCUUGUGGUGGUGGAAAAUGAAGAUGUAACUGCUGAGCUCAUUCAAGUGAAUGAGGAUUUGAAUAAUGCCAUCCUUGGAUAUGAAAGGUUCACUCGAAACCAACAAAGGAUUUUGGAGCAAAAUAAUAACCAGGAGGAAGCCACCAAUCCUGCCAGCGAGCCUUCCGCUCCAUCUUGUGACCUCCUGGACUUCAGUCCCAGUCCCCCCACGCCCAGGGCCCCUCUGGGAGAACUCAACUCUGUGAAUGCUCAGCUCUCAGACUUAAGUCUCAACUUUAUAAAUCCUGUUGUAACAAACAACUUGAAACCUAGCGUUCCUCCAGAGGUAAAUCUGCCAGCCUUUGAAAAUACGGAAAUACCCAUGUUUGCCCAAAGGACCAACCAAAACCUCGCCUCAAGCCAUACAUAUGAUAAUUUUACAGAAUUUUCACCACCAGUAUUGCUACAGCCAGUUAGUCUACAGAAUGUCACAGCAACACAUUCGACCCACAGGCCGCCGUCUUUGCCUGUCAAUCAUCCAGCAAUGACAAAGAAAGACACCCAGACACCCAAUUACUAUGAGGUAAUGGAGUUUGAUCCCUUAGCUCCUGCCGUCACUACAGAAGCCAUUUAUGAAGAAAUUGAUGUUCCCCACCACAAAGAAACUGAGUCAUAGUAACUGUUGAGGUGAAAAUGCAUGAUCAUUUUAUCACUAGCUACACAGAAGUGCCAACUCUGUAAAGAGUGAACCCUGCUCAGGUUUGAGGCCUAGGACAUAAGACCCACCAACACGUCAGAGCCACAGCGGACCAUUUCUAUUCUGCUAUAAUGAAGUCUAAACUGAAGAAGAAUAGUUCCAGUGUAAAAGUUAUGGUUCCUGACAACAGCUGGAACAAUGGAACUCAAUUGUGAACAAAGUCACUUAACCCUUCAGCAGAAGAAAAAUUAGUACUUAGGCCAGUUAGCGUAAUAGCAGUGUCCUGUGGUGCACAGGCCUUCCUAUGCUUAACCCAGGACAUAAUAUAACUGUGCUAAGAGUAGGUGAAGAUCAUUUUGUUAAAAAAUAAUUCUGCAUAGCUCUAAACAGGGUAUAUGAGAAACUAAAUGUGCUAUUAAGAAAGAAUUACUGAGUGCCUUCAUUUAACUAAAGUUGAAUGUAAAAGUCAAUUUGCACUUCUCUAUAAAUAAUACUGUUUAGAAUUGUAAAUACCUUGAUGAUUGUAGUGUAAUGACAUUUCAAGUGUCCUGAACAUGUCAGUAGUCUCCAUGUUGGUGAACUUUAAGUAUGACUCUUCAUAAUAAAGCUGAAUAUUCUUUUA